CCCGGCCGCAGACACCCCAGCGAGGCCCGGGAGCGAGAGGAGGGGCCCGGGAGGAGACGCCGGGCGGGGUGGCGCCGGUCCACUUACGGAGCUCUCCUGGCUCCCGCCCGCGUUCGAAGGCGGGGCCGGGCUGCGGCAGCCGCAGCGGUCUCGGCGGCCUGCGGAGGAUCAACUGUUUCAAUGGUGCAGCUCUCUUCAUCUUCUUCUGGUUAUCAGUCACCUUCAGGCCAUUCAGAGGAAGGAAGAGAGGGGAAUAUGAAGUCAGCCAAGCCCCAAGAAAACCACAGUCAUGGGGAAAACCAGCGGGCCAUGAGCCCCUUGCAGUCUCCUCUCAGGUCCGCUUCCUCUCCUUCUCAAGCGUAUGAGACCUAUAUUGAUAAUGGACUCAUAUGCCUUAAACACAAAAUUAGAAACAUCGAAAAAAAGAAGCUCAAAUUGGAAGAUUACAGGGAUCGCCUGAAAAAUGGAGAGCAACUUAAUCCAGACCAAUUGGAAGCAGUAGAGAAAUAUGAAGAAGUGCUACAUAACUUAGAAUUUGCCAAGGAGCUUCAGAAAACCUUCUCAGGACUGAGCCAAGAUCUACUUAAAACUCAGAAGAAGGCUCAGAGAAGGGAGCACAUGCUAAAACUUGAGGCCGAGAAGAAAAAACUUUGCACCAUCCUUCAAGUUCAGUAUGUAUUACAGAACUUGGCGCAGCAACAUGUACAGAAAGACUUGAAGGAGGGCUUGAAUGGUGCAGUGUAUUUGCCUUUAAAAGAACUUGACUACCUCAUUAAGUUUUCAAAACUGACCUGCCCUGAAAGAAACGAAAGUCUGAGUGUUGAAGACCAGAUGGAGCAGUCAUCCUUGUACUUUUGGGACCUUUUGGAAGGUAGUGAGAAAGCAGUGGUUGGAACAACAUUCAAACAUAUGAAAGAUCUACUGUCUAAAUUGCUGAACUCAGGCUAUUUUGAAAGUAUCCCAGUUCCAAGAAAUGCUCAGGAAAAAGAAGUAUCACUGGAGGAAGAAAUGCUAGUAAAAUCAGAGAAGAAAAGACAGUCAUUAAAGACUGAACCUGUCAAAGACUCAGAAUCUCGUACAGAAUUUACCCAGCUUGAGAUACACCCACAAGAGUUUCUUAAUAGACGCUACAUAACAGAAGUAGAUUAUUCAAGCAAACAGAAUGAAGAGCCAUCUUGGGAAGCAGAUUAUGCUAGAAAACCAAAUCUCCCCAAAUAUUGGGAUCUACUUACUGAACCAGAUGGUGAGGAGAAGAAACAGGAAUCUUUCAAGUCCUGGGAGUCUUCUCUUAAGCAACAUGAGCUGGCAAAGCCUGCAGUUUCCUCAGAACAGAGGAAACAAGAGAUUGCAAAGGUCAGGUCCACUCUGCAGGAAGAACCCAAGAAGCAGGAUGUCUCCAAAGCCAAGCUAACUCCUGGCCAAUGGAAGCAAGAAACUCCUAAAUCCAAAGCCAGAUACAUUCAAGAGGAACGGAAGAAGCAGGAGACAUCACAGCCUUGGCCAGCUCAGCUGCAGAAGAAGGAACAGGAUCCAAAGGAGCAAACUGCAAAGUCUUGGGCACCUUCUCUGCAGAGUGAACAGCACAUCAACAAGCCAUGGACUGCUCCUGCGUGUGAAGAACAGGAUUCAGGACAGCCAGAGACUCCUAAAUCCUGGGAAAACGACGUUGAGAAUCAAAAACGUUCUUUAACGCCACAAUCACGGGGUUCUCCAAAGUCCUGGGAGGUAGCUGCAGGAAGCCUCAUACCAAAUGACCAGCUUCUGCCCGGGAAGUUUAAUGCAGAACCCAAAGAUGUGCCUAAACCUAUGCAUAAGCCUGUAGGUUCUUCCUCUACACUUCCAAAGGAUCCAGUAUUGAGGAAAGAAAAACUGCAGGAUCUGAUGACCCAGAUUCAAGGAACCUGUAACUUUAUGCAAGAAUCUAUUCUGGAUUUUGACACACCUUCAAGUGCAAUUCCAUCGUCACAGCCGCCUUCGGCUACUGCAGGCAGCCCAGUAGCAUCUACAGAACAAAAUCUAUCCAGUCAAAAUGAUUUUCUUCAAGAGUCAUUACAGGCUGCUUCAUCUCCAGUUACUUGUAGCUCAAAUGCUUGCUUGGUUACUACUGAUCAGACUUCUUCAGGAUCUGAAACAGAGUUUAUGACCUCAGAGACUCCUGAGGCAGCAGUUCCCCCAAGCAAGCAACCAUCUGCACUGGCUUCUCCAAACCCUCCCAUGUCAAAGGGCCCUGAACAGGGCUUCCAGUCACCUCCAGCAAGUAGUAGUUCAGUAACUAUUAGCACAACGCCCUUUCAAGCCAUGCAGACGGUAUUUAAUGUUAAUGCACCUCUGCCUCCACGGAAAGAACAAGAAAUAAAAGAAUCGCCCUAUUCACCUGGCUACAAUCAGAGUUUUACUACAGCAAGUACACAAACACCACUCCAGUGCCAACUGCCAGCUAUACACAUAGAACAAACUGUUCUUUCUCAGGAGACGGCAAGUUAUCCUGAUGGAACUAUUCACAUAAGCAAUGGCAGCCUUGCCCUUUACCCAGCACAGACGGGUGUGUUCCCCAGACCCUCUCAAGCAUCUGUCAGCAGCCGGGGGUCUGUUAGAGGAUGUGCUCGUGGCGGGAGAUUACUCACCAAUACGUAUCGGUCCUCUGGUGGUUAUAGAGGUUUUGAUACUUAUAGAGGACCUCCUUCAGUUUCCAAUGGAAAUUAUAGCCAGCCACAGUUCCAAGCUAGAGAGUAUCCUGGAACACCUUAUUCCCAAAGGGAUAACUUCCAGCAGUGUUACAAGCGAGGAGGGACAUCUGGUGGUCCUCGGGCAAAUUCAAGAGCUAACUGCUUCAUUAUGAGAAACUCACUGUUGCUAAUAAAACAGCAGGGUGGAGUGAUUCUUCUCAGGUGAGCAGCCCAGAAAGAGACAACGAAACCUUCAACAGUGGUGACUCUGGACAAGGAGACUCCCGUAGCAUGACCCCUGUGGAUGUGCCCGUGACAAAUCCAGCAGCCACCAUACUGCCAGUACAUGUGUACCCCCUGCCUCAGCAGAUGCGAGUUGCCUUUUCAGCAGCCAGAACCUCUAAUCUCGCCCCCGGGACUUUAGACCAACCUAUUGUGUUUGAUCUUCUUCUGAACAACUUGGGAGAAACGUUUGAUCUUCAACUUGGUAGAUUUAAUUGUCCAGUGAAUGGCACAUACGUUUUCAUUUUUCACAUGCUAAAGCUGGCGGUGAAUGUGCCACUGUACGUCAACCUCAUGAAGAAUGAAGAGGUUUUGGUAUCUGCCUAUGCCAAUGACGGUGCUCCAGACCACGAAACUGCUAGCAAUCACGCAGUUCUUCAACUCUUUCAGGGAGACCAGAUAUGGUUACGUUUGCACAGGGGAGCCAUUUAUGGAAGUAGUUGGAAAUAUUCUACAUUUUCAGGCUACCUUCUUUAUCAAGAUUGAAAGUCAAAGCAUAACUGACAGCAAAAGGAUGGUGUUGUAAUUAGUGGAAUUAAAGGAAAAGUAGUCCUUGACCUUGCAACUAAUUGGUUUAGGGAAGUGUUUUCAUUUCUAGAGGAAGGAGGAGGUCCUUAUUUUUGUUUCCCUCCCCAAGGUCAACAAUUUCAAGCUGAAUGACAAUUAGCACUAAUCUGGCACUUUAUAAAUUGUGAUGUAGCCUUGCUAGUGAAGCUGUGAAUGUAUAUUGUUUGCACUUAAUCCUUAACGUAUUAACGUUCAGCUUACUAAACUGACUGCCUCGAGUUCAGGCAGGCUAUAAUGCCUUGUUGUGCCUCAAUAAAAAAGUUACAUGCA